CUGCCGCGGUGCUGCGGGACGCGCCGCUCGCCGCGCCGGGACCCGCCGCCGCUGCCCAGGUGGUGAAGGAAGCCUGAAGCCCAGGACGGUGUGAGCAGGAGGGCUGCCAUGCGAGGAUGUGCCCACGCCCUUGCUGACCUUCCCGCCGUCCCCGUCCCUGGCUUGUGUCCUGUCCAGCGUGAGGGCUGCAGUGAGGCGCUGCUUUGCUCGCCAUGGGAGGAUGCUUCUCCAAGCCCAAGCCAGUUGAAGUGAAAAUUGAGGUGGUGAUACCCGAGAAGGAGAGAAGCAAAGAGGAGAUGUCACCCAAUGGGAAAGCCAGCCCAUUGAUUUACAAAGUCAAUGGGACUGCCCGGCAUUAUCAUCUCGAGGAACAUCCCAUUGCCAGCAAUCCUUACCACAACCCAAAGGAUGUGGUGGAAGCAUCUGUGUGCCAUGUGAAGGACCUGGAGAAUGGACAGAUGCGUGAGGUGGACCUGGGCUGCGGGAAGGCACUGCUGAUCAAGGAGAGCGGCGAGUUCUACGCCAUGGGACACAAAUGCCCUCACUAUGGGGCCCCGCUGGUUAAAGGGGUUUUGUCCAAAGGAAGAGUCCGCUGUCCCUGGCACGGAGCCUGCUUCAACAUCAGCACUGGUGACAUAGAGGACUUUCCUGGCUUGGACAGCUUGCCCAGGUUCCAGGUGAAGAUUGAAAAGGAGAAGGUGUACAUCCGAGCGAGCAAGCAGGCUCUUCAGACACAGAGGAGGACAAAGAUGAUGGCAAAGUGCAUCUCCUUGAGCAACUAUAACCUGAGCAGUACCAACGUGCUGAUCAUCGGUGCAGGUGCAGCUGGAUUAGUCUGUGCAGAGACCUUGCGCCAGGAGGGUUUCUCAGACAGGAUUGUAAUGUGCACAAUGGACAGACACUUGCCCUAUGAUAGACCAAAGCUCAGUAAGUCAAUGGAUUCCCACCCCGAGCAGAUUGCCCUGCGCCCCAAGGAAUUCUUCCGCACAUACGACAUUGAAGUCCUGACUGAAAUGCAGGUUGCAGCUGUGGAUAUCAAGAACAAGAUAGCUGUGUUCAAGGAUGGAUUUAAGAUGGAAUAUAACAAACUGCUGAUAGCGACUGGAAACACACCCAAAGCUCUCAGCUGUAAAGGCAAGGAAGUGGAAAAUGUUUUCAACAUCCGAACACCAGAAGAUGCAAACCGUGUGGUGAAACUGGCCACCAGCAAGAAUGUGGUUAUAGUGGGUGCCUCCUUCCUUGGGAUGGAGGUGGCCGCCUACCUUGCAGAGAGGGCCCACUCGGUGUCCCUGGUCGAGCUGGAGGAAGUCCCCUUCAAGAAGUUCUUUGGGGAGAGGGUUGGCCGUGCUGUCAUGAAGAUGUUUGAGAACCACAGGGUGAAGUUCUACAUGCAGACUGAGGUGUCGGAGCUGCGGGAGCAGGAGAACAAGUUGAAGGAGGUGGUGCUGAAGAGUGGGAAGGUCCUACGUGCAGACGUUUGUGUCGUUGGUAUAGGUGCAGUGCCAGCAACGGGAUUUCUCAAGCAGAGUGGCAUCAACAUCGACUCCAAAGGCUUCAUUGUGGUCAACAAGAUGAUGCAGACCAACAUCCCUGGAGUGUUUGCAGCUGGUGACACUGUGAUGUUCCCUCUGGCCUUGAGGAACAAUAAGAAAGUGAACGUUCCUCACUGGCAGAUGGCCCAUAUGCAUGGCCGUAUAGCAGCACUGAACAUGCUGGCCCAUGGCACGGAGAUCAGCACCAUCCCCUACCUGUGGACUGCUAUGUUUGGGAAGAGCAUUCGAUACGCAGGCCAUGGGGAAGGAUUUGAUGAUGUUGUGAUUCAAGGGGACUUAGAUGAACUGAAGUUUGUUGCAUUUUAUACCAAGAGGGGCCCCAGGAGAUGGCUUUGGUGUGGUAGGACGGCAUCCUGUGCAGAGAGCCAGAGGAGUGACGAGGUGGUGGCUGUGGCCAGCAUGAACUACGAUCCUAUCGUCUCCAAGGUGGCUGAAGUCCUGGCUGCCGGCAGGACCAUCCGAAAGCGUGAUGUGGAAACUGGCGAUAUGUCCUGGCUAACAGGGAAAGGCUCCUAAUGCCAGACAUGGCUGCGACCUCCUGAUGCUGCGCUCACCUCAAGAAGAGAGCUGCAGCUCCAUGGAGCAAUUCAAAUGCUGCACCUGAAUCAUUUUCCUUUGAGACUUGGAGGAACCUGGCCUCUUUCACCAAGCAGUCACCUUCCCAGGUAGCUCCUGUGUGUGCAAACUGCCAGCUCCUUUGCCCCACCAGCCACCGGGCCUGGGGUUCUGCAGCUGAACUUCACACUGGAAAGUCAGGAAACAGAUCCUGGGGAUAGUAGGCUUGGCACCAGCAGCCAGCGUGGGCACCACAUGGCUGGCAAGGAGCUGCUGCAAACUGCAGACACUGGUGUCAGGGGAGCCAGUGGGAGCUGCAUCUACCCUCAUCAAGUAGCACAAUGAGAGCCCCAAGCUCGUCUGUUGUCCCUGUUAAUAGCAUGAGUGCCUUUCAUUGCACUCUGUGGCCAAUACAUGCUCUCCAGCACAUUUCCCCUUCCCAAAUCCUCUUUCCUCCUAGCUCAGCACAACCCUGUGGAGUCCAGUAUCCGCACCCUCUCUGCACAUUGCAUGGCUGCAGCAUUCACCUGUGGCUCUCCCCUGCCUGCCGACCUGCAGCCACUCCCUAGCCCUCAGGAGCACCCUGAGUGGCCAGGGAGAUUUAGCAUGCGGAUGGCCUCAGGUUUGCCUAGCAUUCUUAAAGCCCGUGUUUGUGUUCUGAUUGUCCUCUGCUCUUUGUCACGUGGUGACAAAGCUACCUUUCUCAUCUCAGCUCUCCAUGUCAGUGCUCUGCAGCUGUGUUUUACUCCUCUUGCUGGCAGAAGGGCCUCGUCUCUAGCUCAGGAGUGGGCCUGGCCAGUCCAGAGCCCCAUGUCUGUCAGCUGAGCAGAGCUGGGGGGGGGGAGAUUCCCCAUGGAGAGCUUCCAGUGCUCUGUCCUGGGGGAGCUUUGUUCUCCAUCUGUCACUGUUUUAUUCUGAUCCCAAAGCUAGAUAAUUUAUACUUUUAAUUUGAUUCACCCCUUAUGAAUGAAACCAGUGCUGUUCCUGUGAUCUGGAUCUUUUCUGAUUCCUUCCAAGUCCUUGGUUGCAGCUCAGCAGGUCAGCCAGGUGAUGCUGGGAUCUUCUCUGUGGAGGGUUCCUAUAUGUGUCCCAUGUCUAGCUCAUCUUUAUUUCCAGACUCUCUGAUCUUUGCUUGGAUAGCAGUGUCACCAGUCAUCUGUCAUAUCUCUGGUCAGUGUCUUCUGCUUUGCUGCCAGGCUUUUCCCAGGCAGCGUGACCAGUGGUGACCAUAGGCAGGGAUGUGUGUGCAGUGCCCAGCUGCAGCUCCGAAUCCCCACACUCUGUGAACAGAUGUGGUUUUGCACCAUGUAUCUUGCUGCUGGGGCAGUCAGACUGCUGGGCAGCUCCUCCCUUACAGGCUGCUCCCUGUACUGCCUGACUGGGGUGUCUGGAGACACCUGGGGCAGCGGGGUCAUCCCUGAGCUCCAUCCCACUGGUGCAGCCAGAUGAUGGAGGUGCACACCCCAGCUAGCACAGUGCAUGUUUUUUCUAGGCCCAAGGAAAGUCUGCAGGUGACAUUUGAAUAAUCCAUGGUCUGACAUGUCAGCAUGAGCUGCUGUUUGCCAUCACACUGCUUAAAUCCUUCCAAGGCCUUCUUCCUUUUCUUCUGCUGCUCAGCAGCACUGGGAUGCUAUUUUGAUUUUAUCCGUUUACUUCCUACUGCUCUGCUCCUUCUUUCUUCAGUGUGUGUCCUGGCAGCAGCCCCAGCACAGCCUGCUCCAUCUGCUCUAUACCUUUCCACACAGGACAAAGGCUGAUGCUUUCUUCUCUUUAGCAUCUGUCCUAACACGCCACUCAGCCUGCGGCAGGCCAGUGUCCUCCAUAGCCUUGUAGGGAGGGCUCUGUCCAAAGCUCCUUGAAAUGCCAGUUAUCUCACAGCAACCCAAGGCCUCCAGUCCCACGGUUUGUGUCAUGCCUGUGACUGAAGCUGAUGGGGAAAGCAUGCCUGAGCCACGGCAGCACACCUGGUUGUGCUGUGUGAUCUGCCUGGGGGUCUUCAGCACUUCUUCUGCACCAAGUGAGGCCAGCAGGUCCCAUGUUCCAUGUGCUCCAUGUGCUUGGCUGAGCUCUUCCAAGGCAACCGUCUUUCUGCUCACCCAAAGGCACCAUCCUCUGAAGUCCUCCUGGGCACAUUUGCAGGGUGCUUUGUGUUUCAGGAGCAUGCUCUUUGACUCCUUCACCUCUGAUGGGUCUCAUCCACUAUCUAGCAUGAGACAGUGUAUGGCAGGCAUCAUCCUUGUACUCCCUGUGCUGAAGACUACACAAGGGCUGAGGAAAUACCUUCUACCACAGCUUACAGCCUGCAGUGUGCGGAGUAAGUCCUAUGCCCCAUUUUUACAGAGGGGUUACUUCAGAUGGAGCUGGGAACAUCACCCCGUGACACAAGAAACCCUAGUCACCACCUGUGGCUUUCCUGAGGACAUGUGCCAGGUCACAGCUGGGCUGCUUUGCAUAGCUGGAAUCCUGACACUGAUAUAUUGCUCCUUGCAGGCACUGCUCUUCCACACCUAUGUGGGAUGGUGUUGGACCCAGGACCCCACGUUCAGAUGCUGGGCUUUGCCCAUUGCAGCUCCUGGCUGCAUCUCACCCUGUGCGCUGGUGGGACCCAGGGAACUGUGCGUUAGGCCCAGCACGUUCCCUUCUUGUACAUCCAAGAACCUUCUGAAUCUUCUCAUUAUGACACAGUGCUGGAUAAUAGGCUUAUUUUUAGUUCCCUUAUACCCUAAGCCUUGGUUAAAAAAAAAUCACAGCUUCUUGUGAGGUUGCUUCCCAGCUGUUAACCAUGGCCGCAGCCUUCAUCCUUUGAUCUCUGCCCUUGCCUUUGCUUGCAUUACAGGCUGGUUGCUUGGGUGAGCAUUGCUUCUCAAUGUCUUGGUGUUCGCACCUCUCUUUGCUCCUUCGUACAGCUUCCAAGGAGACUGUGGCAACACCCUUGGGGUACAGUGCACAUCCCUGGGGGCCUUUCUGCUUUUCUGAAGUGGCACGCUCCCCCCUGCACUGUGGGCUGGUGCCCCUCUUCUUUGUUGGAGAUGAACCCAGCUACAUGGUGGUGGCCAAAAGCCUCCAGAUGAGCCUUCCAAGUGCCACUUAUGAGACGUGCAGUGUUACAGGUUGUGGCUAGCACCCUCCCAAGACAGUGGAGUGUGUGUCCUCACCAGUAACAUCUCCAGAUGUCCUGUCCAGGUAUGGCCAAAUAGACCACAAGGACCUUGUGGGUAUUUCUUCUCAUCCAUCAUCCUCCCUUAGUUCACCAUCCUUAUCUAGCAACAGACCAACACUUAACAGCAUGAUGUAUUUUUUCCAUACCUGGUCUGAUUGCCUGUGAAAUCCAUUUAGUGUAGGAUUUUUUUAUUUUUUAUUUUUUUCCCAAUGGUACUGUAAGAACACGCAAGGAGCUGUCCUGAGUGGGAUCAUGGGAGCCAUGCUGCGGUGUUACCAUAGAGUGGUUUGAGUUGGAAGGGACUUUAAAGAUUAUCUAGUCAGCACUAGCCCAUCACAGGUGCCCAGGAAGAACCUGAGGAAGGAUAUGUGCAGCACCCUGCACUGUGCUCACUGUGCAGGAGCUGCCUGGCGAGGCUGGGUCCUUGCACCUCUGAGCCCUUGAUCAGCAUGACUGAGAGGGAGUCACGCACUGGUCUAAUCAUGUUUUGCUCACCUCUUUCUCCUUGGCAGCCUGUGACAAUGAGCUCCACAGCUUCAUUUUGGCUUUAGCAAACAGAAGAAUCCUCUUUUUAUUUGGGUUCUCAUGUUCCUUGCCAGUGCCUGUCCCUUAACAACCACUUUUGCGGUAGUCUCGAUAUUUGCAAUAGCUCGGAUAGGCACUGUCGGCGUCAGCAACUGCUCUGUCUAAGGCACCUUCUGGGACGGGUUGAAGGCUGAAGAUCAUGAGAAGAGCCGCUGCCUGCUGGGUAGGCCCAACCAUGAAGGCCCCAGUGCACCAUCCCUUUCCUCUGCCAUCCUGCUUUGGCUCAGCCACCCCCUGGCACACACCACCUCCAACAUACCGCCCUUCCCAGGAGCACCCAAGCCACAGCGGUGUCAGUGAGGCUCCCCGGAGGGAGCAGCGGUGCUGAGUGGAGCAGUGCAGAGACCUGCGAGAGCCCCACUGUGACAGGGACAGCCCAUCCCAGUGAAGGGUAAAAUGCUCUGUGGGUCUGGGAGCUUCGAGACGAUUUUAUCAAUGUCAUCUUGACCACCACAGAGACGGUGAUCCACUGGAAACAUUGGCUGUGGCAAGGAGCACCCCCCCAGCUGUGAUAGCCCUUCUGCCAGGGUCUGCAGAGAAGGGGUUCACAGUAUGGGGCACAUCCUCAUCUUUCACAGGCAUCCUCGUCUGUCAGGGAAUUUUAAGCAAUAAUGAUGCUGAUACAAUGCAGCUGGGAGAGGGUGCCGAAGAUCAGAGCACUGUGUGGGGUGCAUGGGCAGGUUAUGUCCCUGUCAUGGUGGUGGAGGGAUGGCACCACCUGCUGCUGCCCCCGCAAGCCACUAUGGAAGGGAGAUGCUCUGCAUCCUCGGGCUCCUGUGUGGGUGGCUGGGAGCUCUCACCAUGGCAAUAAAUGCCCUUCCCCAGCCAGUGACGUGUUUCCUUGUGAAGAUGGAGAAAGGGCGCGUCCCUCCUCAUUGCUGCAGCCAAGGAGCCUGUCUUCCUCCUGGCUCGGCCGCCUUGUCCCGUGGGAGCCAAUGGCCGGGUGGCCCCACGCAUUAGCCUGACUUGUCAUCUCAUUAUCUACCCUCCUGCUAAUCCUGGCUGAGCGGGGCUCAGCUGCUGGCCAUGGCCGCACAAACACCACUGCCCCUCAACCUCCGGCGGGGCUUGACGGCAUUCAGCAGCUCCCUUUUCAUCAAUAACAAGACAUGGGACAGUGGCGCUGCCCACAUCUACCGCCCAGGUACCCCCGGGGGGCUCAGCAAAGUGGGGCUGGAGGUUUUGCUGCUGCUUCAGCACUGCAGGCACUCAGCUUGUCAACACUGCUGGCAGCAAAGGGUCCCAGUGCCCAACCAGCAACGAGUUGGAGCAAACUAAGGGCAUUUGCUGCAAGCAGUGGCUCUUGCUGCAGGUGAUGGUGGGGGCCAUGCCAGGCUGCCUUGCGGCCAAAGCUCCUGCAGAGCUGGUGCAGCCCCACCAGCACAGCCAGGGCCAGUGCUGUUGCCCCCGCACGCUUCGAGGCAGGGGCUCCCCACAGGAAGCAAGGCUGGGGAGGGGGUGCUGGGGGCCUUGCCCAGCCCUGCCCAGCCCUGCCUUGACCUACCUAGCCCACGAGGUGCUGGCCAGCCUCCCCUUCCAGAUGAUGCUCUACUUCAACGCCUGCUACUUCCCCUUCUGGUGCUUGGGUGAGGGGAUGAUGCUGCAGCUGAAGGUACUGUCCAGUGGGCAGGUGGGGGGGAAGCUCACAGGCCAGGUUUAAUGUGCAGGAGACACAGUAAAUGGAGGUGGGGGUGCCGGUUGUCACACAUGACUAAUGGGUCCUCACACCUGACUAAAAAUGCCCUGUCCCACACCUUCCAAGAACAUGGAAAUCAUGAGAGCAACCACUUAACUUUCCAGGCAGGGAAAGUUAAACUGGGAGGGCAGAGCAGGCAAGGCUGGGCACCGGCAUGGUUGGGGCUGGCAGAGCGUGGGGUGUGAGGCAUCGGGCACAGAGCUGGCUGGGACGAGGCUGUGCCCCUGUUACAGUACAGCCUGCUGCCUCGCUACUACCAGCUCCUCCUGCUCGCUGCCUUCCUCAUCCUCACACUGACUGAAGGUGCCCGGCUCUACCUGGGCUACAUCGGGAAUCUGCAGGAGAAGGUAAGGGUGCCAAGUCCUGUGAGGUCCUGGCAGGGUAAUCCUGGGGCUGUGGUCCCCACAGAGGGGGGACCCACCCCAUCGAGGGCAUCCACGUCCCCCCUCAGAAGCCUCUGCCCACACAGGUGCCUGAGCUUGCCGGGUUCCUCCUUCUAUCCUUCCUGAUCCAGCUCCCCCUCCUGCUGUUCCUGCUAACGGAUGACCACAUCACCCGGCUGCCGCUGGAGAUGGCUGUGCACAGCCUUUUCCUGGUCUUCCUCAUCUCUGAGGUCGUGGCUGCCUUCCUGGCGCUGAGGGUGAUGACCACACAGCUCGCGGCACAGUUCUACCUGCAGCAGUUCACAAGCGGCGGACAGGGCAGGAGCCUGAUCAAGGGUGAUGAUGUGGGACCUGUCCCACCCUGUGGAGUCAGUUCCUCUGAGGGCAAGGAGCAUUAAACAGCACUCAUCCCCCCACUGCGGCGCUGUGUACUUUCUGAGUCAGACAGUUCUGGGGCUUGUGGGGUUCCCUGAGCACCCCACAGGCAUGGGCAUUGAUCCAGCCUGUCCCUGCCCUGCCCCAAGCACUCAGCGUCCCUUUGCUGAGCUGGGGCCACGUGUGGCCACGGGGCAGACUGGGUGCUUGGUACAAGGGUGGUGAAGCAGGGAAGACACACCAACACAAAUGGUGCCAGUUAGGAGUAGGGACCUCAGAGCCUCUGAGAUGCUCAGGCUCUCCCAAGGGCUGUGCUUGUCCUUACUGAGCAGUGACCCUCGUGGGCGGUGGGAACCAGAGCAGUGCUAGAGCCCGUGCAAGUGCCAGCACAGCGCUGCUGCCACAAGCUCAGCUCUCAAACCCUCUGAGCACAGACAAAUGUAGGCCCAGCCCACACUGCUCCAGAGCAGCUCGUGUGAAGCCAUCCCAGCUGGAAGCCAUGGAGGGCCACAGGUAGGGUGCUACGAGGUUACAAGUAUUUCUGCCCAGCCAAAACCACACCGAAGCUGUGCACACACAUCAGGGAAAGCACAGAGGGGAGUUAGCAGAGGCAGAGCCCAGGAGCCUCAUUGAGGGGUCAGUAUGACCACUUCCCAUUUGGGCAAGUGGCAGGAUGGAGACAUCCAGCACUGUGACACGCUCCCCAGCAAGCACGACAGGAUUAGAUAGGGUGGGCAGCCCAGUGCUUUAAGGACUCUGGUGCACUGCCCUUUCUGUAUGUGACCAGGCAAGGACAUAGGGGUCCAAGGGACAGAGCAGUGCCACAAAACGUUCACAGCCACGCUGUGAGCUAAAGACAGAGCAGAGCCACCUCUCACUUUCUGAACAGCUUUAUUUCAUUGCAUCCCUGUUUUUCCUUGGGAAAUCAACCCCAAGGGCCAUCCAGGAAGGAAAGAAGCGCAAAGUACUUUAAGCCUCUUGUGUUGAGCAUGGACCAGCCACUUCCCAGCAAGCUCCAGCUCCCACAGCAGCUCGAUGGUGUGGCUGCGCUUGGCUGAUGGCCAGUCGGCCCUGGGAGUUGCAUGGCUGUGCACUGUGCCAAGGGGACACCCAAGUGAGGGCUCUCCACACGUGCUCUGUGUGCCAAGGGCUCCUGCUGACACAAGCAUUUCUCCAGGAAGGGCAGACCACAGCCCCAGCCAUGCGCAUUCAGGCCAGCAGUAGGCCACAUCCACUGGGCUUGCAGCUGUGCCCCCAUCACGUCUAUCUGGAGGUCACUCCGGAUUGAACAGUGAUUGUCACUGAGCAUUCCUGAUGUCUUGGUCAGCCCACUGUGGUUCAGCUGCUGCCUCUGUCUUACCUUUGGGGGGUUUUGCCUGCAAAAUGAACAGGGACAUGUUCUACAUAAAAGUGGACAGCCUAGGCAGGUGCUCUGCUCAGUCCCAUGCAAGCAGAUCCAUUCCUUGAGACUCUAACCCAACCUGUAACUUGAGAUUCAGACUGGAAUUGCGCAAAACUUUUUUCCUUGGUAGGAUGGUGCAGCCCUGGGACAGUUUACCAAGGACCUGGAGGAUCUCUGUCCUUGGAGGCUUCCAGCACUCAGCCAGAUAAAGCCAAAGAUGACCUGUGCUAGGGCUGGCAGCAGUUCUGCUCUGAUGGGGAGUUUGGAUGA